AUGCUUGUGGAAGAUUCUCAAACUGCUCGAGAUUUGUUGUCGAAAAAAUAUGCGCACUGUCCGCUCAAGAAGCGACCGGUGCUAGUUCGGGAGGAGCGUCCAGCGACGCCGCCUACUACACCGCCUCACCCCGCCCACUUAGCUACGCGACUUUAUUACGAUUAUCAUUAUGACACAGAAAAUGAUGAACCAGAAAAUCUCAGUACAAAACCUGCAGAUCUAUCCAGAACUGGCAAUUAUCCGAGUAAAGCAACAUCACCUGUCGCUACAGCAAUUAUAAAAUCUGAGCCAAAAGAAUGGCCUCAGCAACUAGAGUAUCUUACAGCUUGUCGCGCACGAUUAGACCCAGCGCCCACAGAACUUGCGCGGCCAACUCCUCAAUACGCCUAUUUACCAACGCUCUACCCGACAUACCCAAUGGAAGAACUUUAUCCCGCCGUCCCAGCUCUAUCUCCACCUACGCAUCCGCAACUUUACGCCAGAUACUCGCCAGCGUCGCCACCUUCCUCCUGUUCGCCUCCACCUUGCCCGGAAGAUCUGCGUUCUCCUGGUUCAGUUUCAUCCGACUCGGGAGUCUCCGUCUCCGCUUCUCGCCGUCCUCGCUAUCAGUGCCCAGACUGUUCUAAAUCCUAUUCAACAUACUCUGGGCUCUCAAAACAUCAGCAGUACCAUUGUGCCGCAGGUGAAGGAAGUCUAGCCAGAAAAUCGUUUAGUUGCAAAUAUUGCGCUAAAGUAUAUACGUCGCUGGGUGCCCUCAAGAUGCAUAUUAGAACUCAUACUUUGCCUUGCAAAUGUCAUCUCUGUGGAAAGGCUUUUUCGAGGCCCUGGUUACUACAGGGCCAUAUUCGUACCCACACUGGAGAAAAACCAUUUUCUUGCCAUCAUUGUCGCCGCGCUUUCGCCGAUAGGUCUAACUUACGUGCGCAUUUACAAACUCACUCAGACGUAAAGAAAUACUCGUGCACCGGGUGCGGCAAAACCUUUUCUCGUAUGUCAUUGUUAAGUAAACAUUUAGAGGGAGGAUGUGGGGCGCCCGGCACCUCUCCAUACGAGUAUCGCAGUGACGCUAUCCCAACGACGCAUACGCAUCAGCAACUUCCGCCACCUGCGACAGUUCAUGCUUAUUGA